AUGGGGUCUGACCUGCGCCAGAUGUUGGCAACCAAGAGCGUGGAGAACAUCCAGUUCCUGCCCUUCCUCACCACUGAUGUCAACAACCUGAGCUGGUUGGGCUAUGGAUGCCUGAAGCAGGACUGGACACUGAUCAUUGUCAACACCCUCGGGGCAGCGCUGCAGACCCUCUACAUCCUGGCAUACCUCUACUACAGCCCUGCCAAGCUCCCUGUGCUGCUUCGGAGCCUGCUGCUCCUGGCUGUGCUGGCUGCUGGCUAUGGCUACUUCACCCUACUGAUUGCUGACCCACGGACACGCCUGGCACGCCUGGGGCUCUUCUGCAGCGUCUUCACCAUCAGCAUGUACCUCUCACCGCUGGUUGACCUGGCCAAGAUUGUCCAGAGCAGGUCAACACGCUGCUUGUCCUUCCCCCUGACUGUCACCACCUUCUUGGCCUCCACCAGCUGGACGCUCUACGGCCUGCAGCUCCAUGACCCCUACAUCACGAUUCCCAACGUGCCUGGCAUCGUCACCAGCGUCGUGCGGUUCUGGCUCUUCUGGAGGUACCCUCCCGGCCAGGAGAAGCCCUACAGGCCCCUGCAUGCCUGA